GAAAUAAUGGAUAUGAAUAUUUUAAUGAUAUGAAUGUAACUUAUGAACAAUGGAAAAUAUGGAUUGAUAAUAAUGAGAAACUUGAUGAAAGAUUAGUUGAAGUGGUUUGUAAUCCUUCUUCAUCAUCAUGGCAAUUUUUAAGAUUUCGUGAUGAUAAACUAUACCCAAAUCCUUCCGCUACUGUUGAUAAAAUAGUACAAAGUAUCAAAGAUG